UUUUUUUUCAAUGUAAUUGUCAGUAGUAAAUAUGAUAUUCAGAAGUAUACAUUUGAAAGCAUUCAUUGAUAUUUAUCGCAAUAAACAUAUUUUAAAGAGUAAUGCAACACAAAAGAUUUUCAAAUCUUUUUUUAUACAAAAUUUACAUCAUUCUACGUCUCGCGAAACUGUCUCCCUUGAAAAUCAAUUGAAAGAAAUAUUUAAAUUUAAGAACAGUAAUGUUAGUAAUUGGAUCAUUGAGAACAAAGCUCAUAUUUUAUGCAGUGGAUACCAAAGAAGUGAUAAAGAUGACAAGCAAAAAAUUUUACGUACCUUAGCGUUUAAAUAUGCUGUUCAACAUGCUGUUGUAUGUAAUAUAGCAGAAAAAUUUCUGUCUACAGAGACAGACAGUGAAAGACGUAUGGUUUUCUAUGAACGAAAUUUAAAAAAUGCUUUAACUCCAGAUUAUCAGUGGCUAUUUAUUAUAAUUGGAAGACUUGAGAGUGGUGUAAAAUUUCUUGUUGAUUUAAGGACAGAUAUAUUAGAAUUAAUAUUGAAAACUGAAGACACAGAUGAAAGUAUUGCAAUCCAGCAGCUGAAUAUUACUCUACGUGAUUUAUUGUUACUCUGGUUCUCAGUUGGAUUUCUACAUUUAGAAAGAAUAACAUGGCACACUUCAUGUGACAUUCUACAAAAAAUUUCAGAUUAUGAAGCAAUACAUCCUAUAAAAAAUUGGUUAGACUUGAAACAAAGAGUUGGGCCAUAUAGAAGAUGUUACAUUUUUACUCAUCCAUCUAUGCCACGAGAACCUCUUGUUGUAUUACAUUCAGCAUUAUGUGAUAUUAUACCAGAUAGUGUAAGAGGUAUUGAAGAUGCAAAAGUCAGAAUUCUUGGUAAUCCGAAAACAGAAAUAACAUUUUUAGAAGAAGAUAAAUGUAAAAUAAAAACUGCAGUAUUUUAUUCAAUAUCUUCCACACAGAAGGGAUUACAAGGUAUUGAACUUGGUAAUUAUUUGAUAAAAGAGGUAGCCAAAAAGGUGAUAUCAGAAUUUCCUAUGAUAAAUGAAUUGUCCACUUUAUCACCAAUACCUAAUUUUAGAACUUGGUUUUUAGAAAAAAUAAAACAAGAUAUACAUAAUGUCUUCACAGAUGAAGAAUAUGAAUCUGUACAAAAGGUUUUAAAUGAAGAAAAUAUUGUUUUGGGUUUAAAAAAAAUUCUUAAUAAUUCGUUAUGGACUCGUGACGUUGCAAUAUGUGAAGUUUUGAGAAACCCAUUACUUAGAGUAUGUGCGUGGUAUUUAUAUAAAGAAAAAAGACGAAAUUAUGCUUUAAACAAUGUUGCAAACUUUCAUCUUCGUAAUGGAGCUGUUAUGUGGAGAAUAAAUUGGUUAGCCGAUCCUUCACCACGAGGUGUUGGAAAUAGUUGUGGAAUUAUGGUAAACUAUAGAUACCUGUAGUCAAGGCUGGAUUUGAUGAAAGUUUGUGGGAAGAUGAGGUCUACUUUCUAGUUUCGUAUAAUCCAAAUGAAAUUCUUUUGCUACUUUUCUCCAACUUUGCGCAUCAAAAUAAUAAUAAGUACCACGUU